UAUUUCAUAAAAAAUUUUGUUGCCUUUAUCUGUUAUGGAUAUGGUGACUACGAAUUUACAACAACAACGACAAAUCACGGAGCAGCUACGACGUGAAGCUGCUUUAAAACGAAUUACGGUUAGCAAAGCUGUCGAAGAUAUCAUGAAAUAUAUCACAGAACACGAACAGGAAGAUUAUCUUUUGGUUGGUUUUUCAUCACAAAAAUCAAAUCCCUUUCGUGAAAGAAGUUACUGUACCAUUUUUUAAACUUGCAUGUUUAAAAUAAAACAAAUUAUUUUAAUUUUUUUCAUUAAAUAUUCAAAUUUUAAUGUUUAAAUUAA